GGGCUGUCCUCCGCUCCACCAGGGGGAGACAUACCGAGGUAGCCGGUGGUCACGCGAUCACAACAUCCGGUUGUGAGGCUCGUGGGCCAAAUUGUGCAAGUAGCUGUCAGAGAUGGUAGUUUCAAGGUUACCGUCUGCAGCGCUUUCUUUUAAACAGUUUUUACAGAGACAGAGGGUUUUGGGGAUUUACAGAAAUAUGAUGAGGACCAUACGGCAAGUGCCAGACAAGGCAGACAGGAAGUACCUCAGUGACUGGGCAAGAGACGAGUUCAAGAGGAAUAAGAACGCCACAGAGCAGGAUGCCAUCCGUAUGAUGAUCACACAAGCUAACAACCAUCUUGAGGAGCUGCAGAAGUCUCUGGCGUUGGCCAAGAGUUGAACACUGAGCUGCUGUGCACGACAGACUGAUCUGAUUGGUCCUCGUCAGGGACCGAUGCAGAAUGUAUAGAAACGGGUCUUUGGCUGGACACCUUUAAGGAUGGAUUAAUGCAACUGACCGAAAGGCUUCAUCCUGCAAAACAGCCUGUGCUGCUGUUCAGCGUACAGGGCCGAGGAUUUUUAACUCAUUAACCUGUGAGGCUAACUGAGCCCAUCUGCCAGACUUUUGUUUGUGCUGUUUUAUAUGUAUUAUAAGUAUUAAAGAGGAACUCAUGAAACCAGA